CUAUAAGAAGACGUUUGGAUCGGAGAUCUUAUCUCAAAUGCUUGGCCCAUCCUUAGUCGCAUUUGUGCUCAAGCCACCAAGUCCCAAGAUGCUCGUCCAGGAAGUGAUACUACAAGGGUAUUAUUGGUUCAUCAUGCGGAUAGUUCCACCACACCCAGAAAAUUAACAGCUUGUCCGCCCAUCGCCGUCAACGGCAUAGUCUCUGCGGCGCGCACCUGCGGCAGGGCGUCUGCCCCUUCCCGCAUCUGACAAUUGCUGGGUCUCAAUCUUCAAUUCAUUCAGCACGCCGACGAGGCAACGCCGCAACGACCACUCUUCUUUAACACUAAGCCUGCGACGCAUCCUGUUUACCUCAUUACUCAGCUAGGGGGGGCCGUAAUCCCAAGGACAACGUCCGCAUCAACUGAAUUUUCUGGCCUUGCCUUUGAGUACAUAUCUGAAGCUAAAGAUAAGAAGAAAAUGAGGUUACUGAAAGUGGCUACGUGUAACCUGAACCAAUGGGCCAUGGAUUUUGAUUGCAAUAUGAAGAACAUAAAGGAUUCCAUUUCUAGAGCUAAAGUGGCAGGAGCUAUGAUCAGGCUCGGCCCCGAGCUUGAAAUCACUGGAUAUGGAUGCGAGGAUCACUUCUUUGAGCUUGAUACCAUCUCUAAUGCGUGGGAUUGCUUAAAAGAAUUGUUGCUAGGUCAUUGGACAGAUAACUUAUUGUGCAGUUUCGGAAUGCCAGUGGUCAAAGGAUCAGAGCGCUACAACUGUCAAAUAUUGUGUCUUAACAGGAAAAUAUUAAUGAUUCGGCCCAAAAUAUGGCUAGCAAAUGAUGGAAACUAUAGGGAACUACGAUGGUUUACAGCCUGGAAGCAUAGAGAUGUUGAGGACUUUCAGCUCCCAAGUAAUGUUUCUGAAGCUUUGAAUCAAUCAAUUGUUCCAUUUGGCUAUGGAUAUCUUCAGUUUUUGGACACAGCUGUUGCAGCUGAAGUUUGUGAGGAACUUUUUGUACCUUCACCGCCUCAUGCUGAACUUGCACUUAAUGGAGUUGAAGUAUUUAUGAAUGCGAGUGGAAGUCAUCACCAGCUAAGAAAGCUGGAUCUUCGCAUGCGAGCUUUUGUAAGUGCUACUCACACACGUGGAGGGGUUUACAUGUAUAGCAAUCAACAAGGAUGUGAUGGUGGUCGACUUUAUUUUGAUGGAUGUUCUUGUGUGGUUGUGAAUGGAGACAUGAUAGCUCAAGGAUCACAGUUUUCUCUGAAGGAUGUUGAAAUGGUGUUUGCUGAAAUUGAUUUAGAUGCGGUUGCUAGUCUUAGGACAUCUACCAGUAGUUUCCAAGAGCAAGCUAGUUCGAAAUCUAAAGUUUCCGCAGUUGUCAUUCCAUAUAAACUUUGCAAGUCCUUCAAUCUCCAAAGAUCACUUACUAGUCCUCUCGAGACUAGGUACCACUCUCCUGAGGAGGAAAUAGCACUUGGGCCUGCUUGCUGGUUAUGGGAUUAUUUAAGAAGAAGUGGUGCAUCUGGUUUCUUGCUCCCACUUUCAGGUGGUGCUGAUAGUUCUUCUGUUGCCGCAAUAGUUGGUUCAAUGUGCCAGCUUGUAGUUAAAGAAAUUGCAAAUGGGGAUGAACAGGUCAAGGCUGAUGCUAUGCGAAUUGGCCAGUACACUGAUGGACAGUUCCCAAUGGAUAGCAAAGAAUUCGCCAAGCGUAUAUUUUAUACGGUUUUCAUGGGGUCUGAAAAUAGUUCUGAAGCCACGGCAUCGCGGGCAAAGCUUCUGGCAGAUGAAAUUGGAUCAUGGCAUCUAAACGUUAGCAUAGAUGGUGUAGUUUCUUCUCUGAUCUCUUUGUUCCAAACACUUACAGGGAAGCGUCCAAAAUACAAGGUAGAUGGGGGAUCGAGCAUUGAAAACUUGGGCCUGCAAAAUAUUCAAGCUCGAGUCAGAAUGGUCUUAGCAUUCAUGCUAGCAUCACUGUUGCCAUGGGUACACAAUAAAAUGGGAUUUUAUUUGGUAUUGGGUAGCUCCAAUGUAGAUGAAGCAUUGCGUGGCUAUCUAACAAAGUAUGAUUGUAGUUCAGCUGAUGUAAAUCCAAUCGGAAGUAUUAGCAAGAUGGAUCUUCGAACAUUUCUGAGAUGGGCAGCCAUUCAUCUUGGUUACUCAUCCUUGGCAGAAAUUGAAGCAGCUCCUCCCACUGCUGAAUUGGAACCUAUACGCUCUAACUAUAGUCAGCUGGAUGAAGUGGACAUGGGAAUGACAUAUGAAGAACUCUCAAUUUAUGGAAGAAUGCGUAAGAUUUACCGUUGUGGACCUGUAUCGAUGUUUAAGAACCUCUGCUAUAAAUGGGGUACAGUGUUGACUCCAAAAGAGGUGGGUGAUAAAGUGAAGCACUUCUUCAAGUAUUAUGCCAUUAACAGACACAAGAUGACUGUGUUAACACCUUCAUAUCAUGCUGAGAGUUACUCACCAGAGGACAACAGGUUUGAUCUUCGGCAGUUUUUGUAUAAUGUGAAAUGGCCUUACCAGUUCCGGAAAAUCGAUGAACUUGUGAAUGAGCUUGAUGGUGACCAAGUUGCAAUCACAAAAACAGUGGUCGGUGGUGGUAUGGGUGUUGUGGCAGCUGGUGCAGGCAACCCAAGCGCGGGGAUUUAGGUUUCUCCUCUCAUCCCACUAUUUGUUGAUGUGGGGUAAGUCCAGGUGUCUUUUUGAUUGAUAAUUGCUCUCAUCAAUAAAGAGAUCACAGAUCUCUUAGAGUUUUUCUUUGAUUUUGCUUGACUAUCGUCAUCACCACCUCAUUCCCAACUACAUUGGGGAUAGGACGAACGACAACAUUUGUACAGUUAGAUUGCUGUUAGUGGAAGCAUGCCUUGGUACAAGCUAAUUGUAGUUCUUGUUACCCUUGGAGCACAGAAAGUCUGAUCAUCUUGAUGGUUGUGCAUGCCUGCAUGGUGAGUUCUUAUACUACAGUAAGAGUGCACAUUUCUCACUAUACACCCAAUUCAUUCUUGUUUUUGUAAUCUUUUUUAUAUUUUAUUAUUCUUAAUGUAAUAAGCUUGUGAAUGGCUGAAACUUUGGGAUAUUGAUCUGAAUGUUUGAUGCAUUGAUGCAGUAAUGACCAAUAAGAAUUGUAUACAUGACCACGUGAAUAUAAAACACACACAUUACUAAUAAACUAACACCA